AUUUAUCUUACUAAAAAAUUUGUAUGUAGCCCUCCACUGAAAAAGUUGGGUACCCCUACUUGCCCUUACUCCGUAUAAAUCGAUCUAAGCAGGAACGUCACGCAUGAGGUUGGUUAAUCUUGGUUGAUCUUGGUUAAUCUCACGCUGUCUCACGCAUGUAGAAGAAAGUAACGUAAAACCCCUAAUAUGGCCAGCGACAAAAAAUCUGGAAAAUCUUCCAAAGGUGCGAAAUCCAAUGCAGAAAUAUUAUCUGAAUUUCAAGUACUUCGAAAUGAGCAACGAAUAAUGGCUAAUAAAUUAUCAGAAAUGGAGAUGGAAUUAAAUGAACACAAGAUUGUAAUUGACACAUUGAAGAAUGUAGAUCCAAAAAGAAAGUGCUAUAGAAUGACAGGAGGUGUACUAUGCGAACUCACUGUAGAAGAUGUGAUGCCUGCAUUAGUGACAAACAAAGAACAGCUGAUCAAAGUUAUAGAUGCCAUGAAUGAUCAAUUAACAAAGAAAGGAGUUGAAAUAAACGAAUUUAAAGAGAAGCAUAAUAUUAGAAUUAGGGGACAGGAUGUACAACAGGAGGGUGAAGAUCCUAAAGAAACAAAAAGAAGCGCGGUUGUUGUUAAUUCAUUGUUAAGCAACUAUGCAUAAAAUCAGUUUCUUGUUUCUAAUGCAUUUCACAUUUAUAUUUAAAUCACUUUUCAGCACUUAUU